UUAUGCGGUUCUUUAUAAUUAGCUGGAGCAGUUUCUAGAAGGUGUUUUUGCACCCAAACGUCACGAGUGCAUUGCGCGUGCGGGGCGUGGAGCUCAAUAAGUGCAUAUAGCUGGAGGAGGAGACAGCGUUGUCUGACGGCAGUCACAGCUCCUGCGAGACGUGACGGAGGGACAACAUAACGGGCUGCAGGCAACAAAUAAACACACUGAUUGAGCACUGCGUGGUACGAGGAAGCAGCUGUCCUGGGGGAACGGGUCAAAGCCUCAUCUUCUUCCUCCUCUUCUUCACCCACAUCUCUCCUCUGGGGCGUACAGUGUGCUUUUAGCAUCUUUAGCGCGUCUGCUAACACUAGCUAACAAGGAAUAUUAACUCUAGGCUUUUCUAGACCAGGGGCCUACAACAUCCUCCUCUAAAACUAGAACGACCUCAGUGCCGGUGGAUAACCCCCUCCGCAGCACGACUAAUGAAUUUGACCUGACGGUGGAUACUACAGCUUCCAUCCAGACAGCAAACCAAAGCAGAGCAUUUCCAUUGCUCCUUCUUUGUUAAUUAAAUCCAUAACUUUGACUAUUUGUGUUGCCUUUUUUGGGAGGAUUCAUAGAGCUGUGAGAUUUUUUUUUUGAAUAAUCUGGUAAAAUGGGUCCUGGAAUGGAAGCAGCGGACAUAGCUGUGGUAGCACUGUAUUUUAUCCUAGUGCUAGUCAUUGGGUUUCUUGCAAUGUGGAAAGCCAAUCGCAGCACUGUGAGUGGCUACUUCCUGGCCGGACGCUCCAUGACGUGGAUUGUGAUAGGUGCAUCGCUCUUCGUCAGCAACAUUGGCAGUGAACAUUUCAUAGGCCUGGCUGGGUCAGGAGCAGCAAGUGGCUUUGCUGUUGGAGCAUGGGAAUUCAAUGCACUUCUACUUCUGCAGCUGCUUGGCUGGGUGUUUGUCCCAGUGUAUAUCCACUCGGGAGUCUACACCAUGCCUGAGUACCUGUCGAAACGCUAUGGUGGGAACAGGCUAAAGGUCUACUUUGCCUUUUUGUCUGUGUUACUUUACAUUUUUACCAAGCUGUCGGUGGACUUGUAUGCUGGAGCACUCUUUAUUCAGGAGUCCCUGGGGUGGAACCUUUAUUUGUCUAUCGUCCUGCUUAUCAGUAUGACUGCACUCCUCACUGUCACUGGUGGAUUGGUGGCAGUAAUGUACACGGAUGCACUUCAGGCAGUGUUGAUGAUUGGUGGAGCCCUAACCUUAACCACCAUCAGCCUAGUCAAAGUUGGUGGGCUAGAGGGUGUCCGAAAUAAGUAUAUGCAGGCAGUUCCCAAUGUUUCCGCGAUAAUGGCUUCUGGAAACUUCACCUAUUCUCCUUCCUGUCGCAUUGAGCCUAAACCAGACUCGCUACGCAUCCUUCGAGGUCCCCUGGAUGAAGACAUCCCAUGGCCAGGCUUCAUUCUUGGCCAGACCCCUGCAUCUAUUUGGUACUGGUGUGCAGACCAGGUCAUUGUUCAGAGAGUACUAGCAGCUAAAAACAUUGCUCAUGCUAAGUGCUCUACACUUAUGGCUGGAUUUCUCAAGAUUCUGCCCAUGUUUCUAAUAGUCAUUCCAGGAAUGAUCUCUCGCAUCUUGUUUGCAGACGAGAUUGCCUGCAUUGGGCCAGAGCAUUGUAUGGCUGUCUGUGGUUCUCAGGCCGGCUGCUCAAACAUUGCCUACCCGCGGCUGGUCAUGGCAGUGAUGCCUGUGGGACUCAGGGGUCUGAUGAUGGCAGUUAUGAUCGCUGCUCUGAUGAGUGAUCUGGACUCGAUCUUCAACAGUUCAAGCACCAUCUUCACACUGGACAUCUACCAGACUUUUCGAAGGAAGGCAUCUCAGCGCGAGCUGCUGAUUGUGGGUCGCAUAUUUGUUGUGUUGAUGGUGGGAAUCAGCAUUGCCUGGGUCCCUGUUAUUAUUGAAAUGCAAGGUGGACAGACAUACCUCUACAUCCAGGAAGUUGCUGGCUACCUCACUCCACCAAUUGCCGCCCUCUUCUUGCUAGGUGUGUUCUGGAAACGGUGCAAUGAGAGAGGUGCAUUUUGGGGAGGCAUGACAGGUUUCACACUUGGUACCCUACGACUGAUCCUAGCCUUCAUUUACCGCCAGCCUCGCUGUGACCAGCCAGAUGAUAGGCCUGCCUUCAUUGUCGAUGUACACUACAUGUAUUUUGCCGCUGGGCUGUUCUGGAUUUCAGGAUUGGUGGCGGUGGUGGUCAGCCUCUGCAACUCUCCGCCAGACGAGGAGCAGGUUCGCACCACCACAGUCUGGGGCCUCCGCAGCGUUGAAAUGAUUCCCAUGAAGGACCAAGAGGAAAUGCACAGGCUGACUGAGAAAAGCCAUAGUAAUGGUGAUGGAAGCCUCCAUAAAGAAAUGCCCCCAGAUGUCAGAAAGGAGAGGUGUUUGGAUGGGGUGAAUGUCAGACUCCUGGUCCCAUCGACUGACCAUGACCCAGCCACACCUAGUACAGAGACGACCCCUGCCACCACCCCUGCGGAACAAUUUGGCAAUGUAAGGAUGGAGAUGAUCAGAACUGAGGACGGCUACCAUGGUAAUGGGGAGACUAACAGAUGUAUGCGUUCAAUGGAAUGGUUUUGUGGAUGUAAGGAAGGAGCACAGAGUGCACAGCAGAAAGUAGCACAGGAGGACGCAAGAGUCAUCGCAGAGAUGCUGUAUGAGCCACCUAGAGUUAAAUUUCUCCUCAACUUGGGUCUGGUAUUCGUCUGCACUGUGGGCAUCUUCAUGUUUGUUUAUUUCUCACUGUAGCUGAACCCUGCACUGAACUAAUGGGGACUGGAGUGAGGGCUUUUAUUUAGAUGGAAGUUACAGGGGGGUUGGAAUCUUCAGAGAUUUGAGAAGCUCUGUCUGUAAUAUUUACAGUUGUCUUUUGUAGCUCUCUAACAGGGAUGUAAGCAUAUUCUCAUCAUUUUUAAAUGAUUAAAGCUUCUCCUUAUGAGAAAAAUUAUACUCUUUUAUGACUAUGAAGCUUAUUUGGCACUGGUGUGUCCAUUUUGUUCAGCGCUUGUUGUUAGCUAAUCCUGCAUUUAGAAUAUCUACCAGGAUUUUCAGAAUUGUUCUCAAAGUUAAUUUAAUUUUUGCCUUAUAUAUGCACUCGUCCUUUUUUUGUAUGGUGAAUAUGUAUUCUAUGAUUUGAGCUUUUUUUUCCCCCUCUCUUGUUGACAGUUUGGUUUAGCCUUGUGGAGGUACUUUAUCAAAAACCAAGCUUACAGCAAAUAUUUGGUAUUCAGAAUGUGUACGUGUUUUGCAGCAACGGAAAUGAAGAAAAGAAGCACAAGAUUGGAUUUUUUUUCAUCCUAAAAGACGAUAAGCUCAAAAUAGUAUGGUACUUUCGAUUGGCUGUUCAAUUUGUUGUCACUGUAAGGGAUUUUAUAUAAUGCGUUUUCUACUGUGUUUUUGUUUGAUCAGUUUUUGUGGCUGUAUUCUGUGUUACAUUUCAAAGCCAACAUGCAGCUUUAUACGCACUACUAUUGUAUCGUAACAAAAAGCCACAAGUACCAAUGCUCAUCUUUCUGUAUCAAUUUAUAUUUUAUGCAUAUCUCACUUUGUUUGUUGAAAAGUGUGUCGAUUUGUUUUUCUUAUUUCAUCAUAUGUACAAUAUAAUUCAGGGUUCACUGGAUCACCCACUACACUAUACAUUUCUUCUAUAUACAUUUCUUCUAUAUUAGACUAUCUCUUGUGUAUCUACUGUGUGUCAAUGUACAUUUAGUGCGUCUUUUAUAAACCUCUUACCAAAUGUGUCUUAGUGUGCUAUGGUAAAGUGAAAAAAAAGUCAGACUAAGAAAACACAAAAUAAGAGUUCACGGCCUGAAAAUGUUGUGCAGUGAAUACCACAUCUGUUAAAAGCCAUUUGAUAAAACAGCUUUGUCAUGUAGUACAUUUUCAGUUAGCUGAAAGCCGCUGGCCUUGUGAAUUGUCAUUAUUUUCCACUUUGUAAGGUGUCCAGACAUCAACAUCCUCACUCCCAGAAUACAACAACAUUAAGACAAACUUUGUGUUUAUGUAUUUUGGAAUUUGAGUUUUGAACGACCUCAUUUCAAAACGUCAGCGUCAUAAUGUGGCAGGCCAAUCCUAAUGUCAGGCACAAAUGAUGCAUAAGAUAUGGAGGGUUGAUAAGUGAUGAUUGCUCUAUGGGAAAGAGCUUUAAAAAUGUUUUCUUUCUGAGAGAAUAUAUGUUGUUUUUUUAUGGAUUUUAUUUUUAGAGACUGAAAAUAAAGUUUCUGUAGAGACAA